GCGUCUCUCAGGGAUCCACCCAAAAGCCAAUGGCGAGAGUGUGUGUGCCCGCGAUUUGUAAACCUUCACUAUACGAGCCGACCAGACAGUCUGGAGACGGAGCGGCUUGUGACGGCGUUAUAACGCUCCUAAUCCUCGAGUGCACACAAAGAAAUACAACAAAUUCCACUGCUCAGAUUUCUACAAGAUAAACGGGAUCAGUUCAGGAAAUAAAGUCUUCACUCGUGUUCACUAUGAAGAAGAGCCAUCUGGUGAAAAGGGGUGUUCAGGAUGCCACACCACCUUCCACGCAGCCAGACAAAGUGGGCUGGAUCCGUAAGUUCUGUGGCAAAGGCAUUUUUAGAGAAAUCUGGAGAAAUCGAUUUGUGAUGCUGAAGGGUGACCAUCUGUAUAUUUUUGAGAAAGAUAUGAAGAAUGAUGGUAAGACACAUGAAGUGUUUGACCUGGCUGAAUACGAACGAUCGGAGGAGGUCCGAAAAGCCAAGAGUCGCAGCAAGAAGAACCACAGCAAGUUCACUCUGUUGCGCUGCCGGCAGCCUGGGGCCCGAACUCCCAAUCUUGUAUUCUUGGCUGUUAGUCCAGAGGAAAAAGAGUCUUGGAUCAAUGUUCUGAACAUAGCCAUUAUAAGAGCCAAAAACCGCAUUCUGGAUGAGGUUAUAAUUGAGGAGGACAGCCUGUUGUCUCACCCAACACGUGACCGCGCUAAGAUCCCCCUUGGGCGCCGCUUGCCCACUCGGGGUCAUCUUAUGGCUGUGGCCUCGACCUCUUCAGAUGGGAUGCUGACUCUGGACCUUGUGCAUGAGGAGGAUGCUGGCAUGCUGGAACAUGAUCAUGCUGUGUGGGUAAAGGACCAUCGGGGAAACCUUGACUUGUUGGCUCCUGCACGAAGGCGUGCUGGUACUGAUGUCUCGAGACCCCGAGACACUCCCAUGGAGGGCAGGGUGAAGACCAGUAGCCUGCCCCGUGAGAGUGAACUCUCCCGGAGCCACGAGAGCCAGACUCAUACUCCUCAGCAAAAGAAGAAACCUGUAGCCCUUGGGAGAAUUCACUGUGGCUCACUGGACAACACUAGGAGUUUUACAAGCGACCUUCAAGACAUAAUCACCCAGCGUCUACAGAGGACCCAGGAACUAUUAGCGGAGAUCCAGGGGCAGGAGCCCCAGAAAGGACGAAUGGGUUACUAUCCCCAUCUGAGGGGCAUAGACUCCCCAUGGCUGUGCCAUUUAAAGGGCUCAGAUUCCCCCUUGUCUAAGAGUUCCAGCUCCCAUAGUUCAUCUCAUGGGAAAAGCACAGACUCUCCCUUCCGAAUUAAGGCCAAGGAUUCACCCAGCUCUAAGAAAAAAGAAUCUCCUUGUGUCAAAGGGAAGGAUUCCCCUCAUUCAAAAUCCUCAAAGUCAUCUCACUACAAGGACCAGUUCCGUUCAAAGAGUGUUGAUUCACCCGAUUCAAAAGCUUCAUUCUCACCCAGUAUGAAAUGUAUUGAUCUGACCUAUAUCAAGGGUUCAGAGUCACCCAUUUCCACCAGCAACAAUUCACCCUAUUCAAAGGCCGUAGAGUCACCUAGUUUGUGGCUUUUGAGUUCGCCCCAGUUUAAAAGGAUGAAGGACACCGACACAUUUACAGAGUUGCUGGACUGGGAAAGUAGGAGGGCAGCGACUGAACGGUUGCUACAGGAAGCAAUCUCCUCUUGGGAGGAAGCAAGAGAGGUUCUGGCAGAGGUGAAGGAGCUCCAGGCUAGACAGAAGCAAGCAGAACAAAACCAAACGCCAACUACUUCAACACUCUCAGAGAACAGCAAGCAGGGAAACACCUGACAGCUCCACACCUAGUCACACUAAUGUAAACUAGUAGAACUAUUCUAAAUAAAUUACACGAGAGAGCACAAUAAAUAUAUAAAUUGCACUGGGAAUGUUUUGCUUAUAUUUUCCUGCACUAUAUUCCCUUAUACAACAUUGUUGAUAAUUCAUUCUUAAUAUUCCCUUCUACACCUCAGGCCCUUGUCUUUGCACUGGAAGUUUUUGCUGUAAAUUUUAUUGUAAGUUGUACCCUUCUUUUAAAAUAUGUAAAGGUUCAUCUCUAUCUUAAACUAUCAUCAGUGGACUUCCUGAAUUUCUAUUACCUUAUUUACAGUUGGAGUCGAUGUUCAAUCUGUUUACAGCAGCUGCAUAUAUGAUGUGACUGUCAUGUUCUCAUACAUAUCAUCUCACAGAAAAUGUGACCAAAAUGUACAUUUUUGUUUCAUUAUAAUCUUUCUAUUAAACAACUGAAAUACA